GUGAGCCAGUGUCUUUGCAUGGGGGUAACUGUGAGGACAUACUGCUCCAUUGGUUAUUGCUUGCAAACAUAGCAGUUCCUGUUAUGCUUUUUCUUUCUUGAGAAUGCUUGAAAUAGAAGAUAGAAUCCUCUCCCUGCUACCUGCUGACUGUAAGGAUCAUCCGAAUGAGGAAUCUCCAGCGUGUGGAUGCUUUAAGCCAGGCUGAUUGCUAUGUUUCACUGUGGCUGCCUACAGCAUCAAUUGAAAAGUGCCGUACCAAAACAGUAAGGAACUCCAAUGACCCAGUGUGGAAUGAAACCUUCUACUUCAGGAUUCAGAGUAAAGUCAAGAAUGUGCUGGAGCUGACAGUGUAUGAUGAGGAUUUUGCUACACCAGAUGACCACCUCCUCUGUACACUCUUUGAUAUUGCUAAACUUCCUAUUGAGAAAACAGUGCUCCUGUAUUUCAAGCCCAGCUCAACGGCCCAGGAGGAACUGGAAGUUGAAUUCAAACUGGAGACCUUGUCCAGUCCUUAUGAAAGCAUUGCUACAAAUGGAGUCUUAGUGUGUCGUGAACUUUGUUGCUUGGAAGUGGAAGUGAAUGAGAAGCAGCAGAAAAAGUCAAAGAAGGAGCUUUCCCUUACUGUGAAAGGAUCCUUCGAAGGGACACAGGAUAUCACACUGGGCCCUGAUGGAGUGGUCAGCCCAUCAGGUCCCACCAAGUUCCACUAUAUCAAGUAUGCUGAGCCAACACUGGAUGUCAUGUUGCCAAAGAAGAGGCGCUACCACCCUUGGUCCUGCAGGUUCAGAACAGAAACAGGAUCCCCAGUGCUGAUGCUGAAUUCACUGCCUAUGGGAAAGAAAACGACAAUUGCAGAGGAGAAAAGAUUUGAUUUGAAUGUGAAAGCAGAAAGAUGUAACUGUUCGUGCCAGCAAGAUCUGGACAUGCGCUUUGGGUUUGACUUAUGUUCAGAUGAGAGGGCUUUCCUGGGCAAAAGGAAGAAAUAUGUAGCAAGUGCCCUGAAAAAUGUUUUUCACCUAAAAGAGGAUCUACAGGAUCAUGAAGUCCCUGUUGUGGCUAUCAUCACGACAGGUGGUGGAUUAAAGUCAAUGACAGGACUAUAUGGCAGUCUCAUGGGACUCAAGAAAUUAAAUCUUCUGGACUGUGUAACCUACAUCAGUGGGCUGUCUGGUACCACAUGGACCAUGGCCAACCUAUACAGGGAUGCCUACUGGUCACAGAAGGACCUUGACUCACAUAUUAGUGAAGCCCAGAAACACGCAACCAAAUGCAAGAUGGGCUGCUUCUCUAUGGAUCGCAUGAAGUAUUACAAUAAGCAGCUCUGUCAGCGGAAAGAAGAGGGAUACAGGACAUCAUUUAUUGAUCUCUGGGGGCUUAUGAUUGAAUACAUACUAAACGAUGGGAAAGACCCCCACAAACUUUCAGAUCAACGAGAAGCGCUGUGUGAUGGCCAGAACCCACUGCCCAUCUAUGUGUCAGUCUGUGUUCGGGACAACUACAGCACUCAGGAUUUCAAAGAGUGGGUAGAGUUCACCCCCUACGAGGUGGGGCUGCUGAAGUAUGGCGCGUUCAUCCCUGCAGAAAAUUUUGGAAGCAAGUUCUUCAUGGGACGCAUGUUAAAAAAGCUGCCUGAAUCUCGGAUCUGCUACCUGCAAGGUAUGUGGAGCAGUAUUUUUUCUGUGAACCUGUUACAAAUCUGGGGACUGUCUCACAGUUCAGAAGAUUUCUGGCACAGAUGGACUCAAGACAAAAUUGAUGAAGUUGAUGAAGACCCAGUGUUGCCUACAAGGCCCCAUGAGCUAAGAACUCGUGUGUAUACACCCCCUGGCAAUCUGUCCAAUGCUCUUCGGGGUGCUUUGACUGACCGCUUCUCAGUUGCCCAGCAUCACAAUUUCCUGAGGGGUUAUCAGCUACAUAAUGACUACUUCGAAAAUGAGCACUUCUGUCAAUGGAAAGACACCGUGUUAGACUCACGUCCCAAUGAGCUGAUGCAAAAUCCUGAUCACCUGGGCAUGAUAGAUGCUGGAUUUUUCAUCAAUACCAGCAGUCCACCACUUCUAAGGCGACAGAGGGAAGUAGAUGUCAUCAUAUAUUUAAGUUAUACUACUGGAUCUCAUACAUCGUCUCUAGAUAAGGCAUGCAAAUAUUACUCGGAGCAGAAAAUCCCAUUCCCAAAAAUUUCUUUGAGUGAUGAAGAUAAGAAAAACCUGAAGGAAUGCUACGUCUUCCAAGAUUCAGAUUCGCCAGGAUGCCCUAUCGUGAUUUUUCUUCCACUUGUGAAUGAUACCUUCCAGGAAUACAAAGCACCCGGUGUCAAGCGCUGUUGCUCAGAGAUGGAGGAAGGAAAACUCGACCUGACCAGUCGGUGUUCCCCUUACUGCAUGUUCUCGGUCAGGUAUACUGAUGAGAAUUACCGCCGGCUGCUGAACCUCAGUGAAUACAAUAUCCUGAAUAACUCAGAUAUGAUUAUGCAGUCCUUGCAAACAGCAAUGCAAAGGAGAAGACAAAACAUGUGCUGUUAACUAUCCAGCUGCCUGUGUCUUCUCGGAACAGUUUUUUCUAGCAUGCCAGAAGAACACAGCUUUUUGAACACUGGUUGUUCUGCACUACAAAAGGAAACUGCUCCAUGUGGCUCAGUGGGGCUUUUUCAUUGCUGUGAAGUGGUUUCUUUAGGCAAGAACAUUGCCUGGGAGAACUUUAUGUAUGCUUUGUUUGCUAAAGUAAGGUUGUCUGUAGAACACUCUUUACCUAAACUUCUUGUUCGAUUUUUAAAAAUAGUCUUAUUUUAAGCCUAAUUUAUCUUAUGAUAUAUAAGAAAAACAUUUUCUAACACCAAGGUGCUACAGCAGUACAACCUUGCUAACACACUGACAGGUCACAAGGGACAUGAAUAUGAAUGUCUUCUCCCUACAAUUUCUCUUCAUGGAAAACAACAUGUAUCAAACCUGGAAAAUGAAGAAAAUCCCAGUUGCAAUCUGGCAUCAGAUCCCUGAGUCAACUCUAUUUUGCAAGUAUUUUGAAGAGCAGACAGUGGUUGGAAAGGUAACAGGAACAAGUGUGUGCACACAGCUAGCACUGUGAAUCAUGUCCAUCUCCUGAGGAAUCUUGGGCUGUGAAUGCGUCACACAUAGAUCAGAAGGAACAACCUGGGAGGAAGCAGCGUAUGAUUUUUCCAGUGUUGGUUGUUGGUUUUUUUGUUUGUUUGUUUUUCCCUCAGCAAAAGGUCUAAUUGGGUCAUAUCAGAAUCUCCUCUGAAUUUCUGCCAAUUUUUAUUGUUUGUGAUGAGAUUAAAAAAAUCAAGAUCUUAUUUUGAAUCUUUAAAAUUAAUAAUAAUAAAAACACUGGGAAAUUGAUUUAUUUCUCAUAUCAAACUUUCUUUCUUAAAUCAAAAAGUACUUGAAAUUAAAAUAUUCUACUUCCGCUUGAGAAUGAAGUAUUGCUUAAUUCAAGGGAAUUUGCAUAAUUAUGUCAGGACAUUCAUCAGCAAAAACCACUCAUUUGUUUACUUAUAGCAAAAUGUGCACAGGCAGGAAAGAGUUAAAACAACAUGAACAGGCCCUGUGUGGAUCCAGCACAAAAAUACCCACACCGUUUGUUGCAGGUUUGCAUUUUCAAUCUUUCUUCUUAAUUCCUUUUAUGGAAAAUGAUUUUUCUGAACUCUUGAAAGUCCUGAGGAUGAGCAGCAAAGAUUAUGAAUCUAUAAACACCAUUCCAAGAGUAAAUCAAAUUGAAGAUUCACUUAGGAUAGACUAUUCUUGUGGAAAAUCUAUUAACUAGACAAGUUAACUAGAUGUCCUAAUAUGAGACUAAAAUAAACCAUGGAAAAGUGCUCGGUAAGUCAAAACUUUUCAUGUUAAUAUUUUCCAUCACACCUUUAUUUUGAAACAUAAACUUGCUUUUAAUAGAUAAACUACCUAGUCAGCCUGGGGAACUUAACCUGAAAGCUUCAUUAACAACCAAAUAACCUGCUUGGUUUGGUGCAAAAUGAUGCCUUUUAGGAUUUUCGUUUUGGCAAGAAAAAAGGACAAAUUUUAUUUACAAAUGAGUUUGAAAUUACUUUUCCAAUGCUUUUAUCACUGAGAAUGUCAAAUAAAACUACUUUUAUGGUGCAUCUGUAGUAUGACAUUGCAAAGCUAAAAGUCAGGGUGUACAUUUUAACAUGUAAAAAUCUUUGAGUUUUGAAUGAAUACACACACUUUUUUAUUGUUCUAUGGUAGUUUCACAAGUCAUAUUCUGAAAUGUGCUGCUUUGUGCUCUGUGUAUAACCCUGGGAAUUACCUCCUUUGGAACCUGAAUUCUCCAGUGUCAAAAAAUAGAGUGCUUUUUGUGAUAAACUUGCGUCAUCCCCAGCUCUGAGAAAAUACUGGCUACAUACAAAUGUUUUGUGUAAACAGUAUUGGACAAUAAAUGCUUGUUUUCAA